CAGAGUUCAACCAACACAACUUAAUUAACAAACAAACCCAACCCAAACCCACUUUGUUAUAUUCUCUCUCCUAAAUUCUCUUGCCAUUAAAAUUAAUGGCACAAGUUGCUCAAAUUGGAUCAUCCUUCCUUCAAUCACACAGUUUCAAACGGGCCGGGUUUCGGUGCGCCCAACAAUCCCCGCUUUCGAGGCCCAGCUUAUGGGAUUCGGUUCGGGCCGUUCAUGUUCAAGAAAGAGCUAAUCAGAAGACAAAGACUCACCUCUCAAACCUUGAAAGGCUCCUACAAAAGGAAACAGCAUCACCUUUGCCACCACGACCAAUCAAGCCCAUUGAGCGUAACAACCACCAGCCCGAUACCAGCCGCGGUAGGGGGUUCCUAAAUGGGCUUGAUCUAGCUCAUAUUUGGCCCGAAGGGAUACCGGGCCGGGCUGUUGAGGCAGCAGCUGAAAUGUCACCUCGUCGCCUGACCCGAAUCCAACAACUGUUAUUGAACCGUCAGCCCGAGUACUCCCCCCGAAACCACUUGGGAGCGCGGUGGAGGGAGUACCACGGAAGCCGGGAUUGGGCCGGAUUACUUGACCCUCUCGACGAGAAUCUUCGUCGAGAGAUGGUUAGGUACGGGGAGUUUAUCCAAGCCGCAUACGAAUCCUUCCACUCUGACCCCGCCACAACUGUGGAGGGGAUCAAUUCGUGGAGGGAAGUGGGGUUACCUGAUAAGUCAUAUCAGGUAACGAAAAGUCUUUAUGCAACGUCAUCUAUUGGCUUACCCAAAUGGGUGGAUGACGUUGCACCCGAUCUAGGGUGGAUGACGCAGCGAUCUAGCUGCGUCGGUUACGUGGCAGUAUGCCAAGAUGAACGUGAGAUUGCUAGGAUGGGAAGGAGGGACAUUGUCAUCUCCCUACGAGGAACCGCCACGUGUCUUGAAUGGGCCGAGAAUUUCCGGGCCCUACUCGUCCCAAUGGAAGAACCCGAUAAUACCCGACCCAACGAAGAUCAACCCAAGGUGGAAUGCGGGUUCCUUAGCUUAUUCCGAACCAAAGGGGAACACACCCUUAGCUUAGCCGAGUCAGUUGUGUUGGAAAUCAAACGGUUAUUAGAAACCUACAAAGGAGAAACCCUUAGCAUCACGAUAACAGGACACAGUCUCGGCGCGGCCCUAGCCGUACUAGUAGCCGACGAGAUUAGCACGUGCGCCCCGGAUGUCCCUCCGGUGGCGGUCUUCUCCUUCGGGGGCCCACGGGUAGGAAACCGGGCCUUCGCCGAACGUAUAAAGGCUAACAACGUAAAAGUGCUAAGGAUAGUAAACAACCAAGACGUGAUCACAAGAGUUCCAGGAGUAUUCAUGAGUGAAGAGCUUGAACAAAAGCUAAUGGAUAACGCACAAGUAGCUUGUGUUCUUGAUUUCUUAAGCAACAAUUUACCGUUAUCUUACUCCCACGUUGGUACGGAACUAAGGGUUGAUACAAGAAUGUCACCUUAUUUGAGACCGGAUGCUGACGUGGCAUGCUGUCAUGACUUGGAAGCGUACUUGCACUUGGUGGACGGGUUUAUGGCAUCUAAUGGCCCGUUUAGGCCCAAUGCUAAACGGAGCCUGUUUAAGUUGUUGAGUGAACAAGGUUCGAAUGUGAAGAAAUUGUAUACAAGUAAGGCUAAGUCCUUGACUUUGAAAAUUGAGAAUGAUGGAGUUGUGUCCAUGUCUAAGUGUUUGCCUAGUCCUUCUUCGACAUGAAUUAUUAAUAAUAAAAAACGAUUGUUUUUUCCCCAAAAAAAAAGCGGGAGAAAAUAUUUGUACA